AGAAGCAAAGAGUAGUUCUCCACUUGGCCACACGUUCACCCAAGUCUAACACCAGAAUCCAGAUGGCCUUAAACUGAUAACUAUUCAUUGACUCUGACCAACAAACAAACAAACAAACAAACAAACCAACUCAGAACCCACCUGCCAAAAACCACAACUACAACUUCAACAUCCUCAUAUUCUCUCUGGUAAAUUCCGCCAUGUUCAGAGACGUUUCAAGCUGCAGUACAUACAACUAUGGCGAUGCCUUGUACUGGGAUGCUCGUUACAUUCAAGAAGCUGCCUCUUUUGAUUGGUAUCAGCGUUACUCUGCUCUUCGUCCCUUUGUUCGCAAAUUUAUUCCCACUUCUUCUCGUGUUCUUAUGGUUGGCUGUGGAAAUGCCGUCAUGUCUGAGGACAUGGUGAAGGAUGGAUAUGAGGAAAUUAUGAACGUCGACAUUUCUACAGUUGCAAUUGACAUGAUGAGAAGGAAGCAUGCACACAUACCUCAACUGAAAUACAUGCAAAUGGAUGUUAGAGAUAUGACUUUUUUCCCAGAUAACUCAUUUGGUAGCGUUGUCGAUAAAGGAACUCUCGAUUCUCUGAUGUGCGGUACUGAGGCUCCAUUUAGCGCUUCUCGGAUGCUGGGUGAAAUCAACAGGCUACUUAAGCCUGGAGGAGUAUAUAUGUUGAUUACCUAUGGUGAUCCAAGUGCAAGGAUGCCUCAUCUGAAUCGUUCAGUGUACAAUUGGAAAAUUGAACUGUACCUUAUAUCAAGACCCGGGUUUGAUGGACCAGCUGUGGUUUCCAUUAAAUCAUGCCUGGAACCCAUCCCUCUGUCCGAGGACGGCCAGCUUCCACCCGAUUAUGUCCUGGCAGAUCCAGAUUGCCACUUCAUAUAUAUCUGCACAAAGAUGAAUGAGGGGACAACUAUCAUAACAUCACAUCCUUCGACAGGUGAUAUGUUAUGAUCCCCUAUACCAAUUCAAGUUUCAGAAUCACUUUAAUUAUGUGAUCCAAUUUUCUUUCCUUUAUACAAACUAAUUUAGUCGUUAGGUUUUGUUGCUGCAUCAGUCUUUGUAACAUUAGAUGUGUAUAAUUCUUGCUACUGAGUUGGAGAUUAAUGGAAUAAGUGUAGCCUCUUUUCGGAGCCUCAUAUCUGGAGAAGGAGGGGUUCACAAAUUAUUAUUUUCUUACUUCA